AUUCUGAGUGGGCAAGUCGGAUUUUAUAUACCAAAGCCCAAGAAGGGAAAAGAAGAAAACAAAUAACAAAGACAAUUCUCUAAGAUGGAGAAACAAAGAGAUAAUUUAUUCCUAGUAAAGAUAUUUAAAAAAGGAGAUAGUUUUGGAGAAAUUAGUUUAAUUUAUGAUAGAGGAUCUGAUGGAUCUAUGUUUGCGAUGGAAGAUACUAUCUGUCUCUUGUUGAAUAAAUAAAAUUUUUUAUAAAUUAUUGGUGACUAAGAGAAGAAUUCCAUCACAAAAGAAAUAGAAUUUCUACAACACCAUCCGUUAUUUGAAAAUUGGAGCUUUAAUUUGCUUAGACUGCUAUAUUUCUUUUCAUAAAUAAUGAAUUACAACAAAAAUGAGGUAGUGUAUCUCGAAGACACGAAACCUACUCAUAUAUAUAUCAUUAAACAAGGUGAAUUCGCAAUUUACAGAAACUUCAAAGACCAAUCAAAAAAGGUGGAUAAAAAGAAAGAAAGCGAUCAGGAUGAGGACAAUAAAAGCGAUGAAGAAGUAAACAGUAUGGAAGAUAAUAAAAAUGAUUCUAAUAACAAUCUAAAAAGGAAAUUCGAGAAACAAAAAAAAUAUAAAUUAGCGGUUAUGGGAAAAGGUGAACUAUUUGGGGAAGAAGACAUUUUAAUGAAGCAGAAUCGUACUUUUAGUGUUGUUUGUGAUAGUUACAAUGGUGCUUAACUUAUUAUGAUAAAGAGAAAGGUAUUCAAGCUUAGUGUGAUGGCAGAUAUAGGUAGUGCUACCUUUAUAAAAUAACGUCUAAAAUAAAAAAACUAUAAUCACUAGCUUAGAUUAGAAAGUAUUAAUACGUUUAUAAAGGAAUACAAGGAUUUUUUUACAGAUUCGAAUGAUAAGAAAUAAAAUGAAUAGUAGAAUGGAAAUAAUUUUUAGUCCAGCAACUAGUCUAGCAACACAAAACAAGAAAACCAAAACAAGGCAAAAAAGAGAAACAGUUAAGAUAUAACUAAUAAUGGAUAAAAUGUUUACCAAAAUUAAGGAUUUUUAUCUCCUCCCAGCACAUUGACAGUAGAAAAAAGUAAUAGCUAGAAUUUCAGCAAUUCUUAUUAAAACGAAAGGAAAAGAAGCUUUAAUUCAAGCACUUAGCAAAUAGAUAAAUCUGAAAAAUUGUAAAACCACCAAGACCUCUUUGAUCAUUUUUCUUAAUUUCAAAAAAAAAUUUACAAAUCUGAGAAAAACAAAAUAUCAAGCAACGAUACUAACAGUGCUUACAAAGAUGGUUCUCCUCUACGAGAUAGUUAGUAAUCAAGCAAAAGAGGCUCUAUUUUACAAAUUAAAUUUCCAAAUCAAUAAAAUCCUACUAGAAUGCCCCUAACUUAAGAGAAUAGUCCUGAAUACAAUUUCUUUGGAAAUAAAGAAGCUGCUUAUAGGCUAAGCAUAAAUAGUCUUGUCACUCCAAAAAAUGUUAAUAAUCUCAAAAGUAAAAUGGAUCAGUAAAACAUGUAGUUAAACAACAUCGAAGAGCUUGCUUAAAGUCAAUAAUAAAAGCCAAUACAUUUAUUGCUUGAAGGAACAAAAUAAUCUUCAAGAGAUUCUCUAAAUUCAAGCUGUUUUUCUAGCUAAUAUGAUAUGGGAGUUAAGAUGCAAAAGUCUAUGAGUCACUAAUUAUUAAUCCCUCCUUAAGAUGGUAUCAUAGCAUCAAAAGAAAGAAGAGUUAGCAAUUUUUACACAGAAAGCUUAGUUAACUAAAAUAAUAGAAUAUUAAAAAAAUAGUCUUCUAGCUAGAGAGAUUCUUAAUCUGUUGAUAGCAAAGUUUCAGCUAACUAAAAUUAAAGCUCAACAAAUUAAAAUUAAAGAAACCCAACCAGUUAGGACUUGAUUAGCCAAAAUGGAAAUAGUCCUAAUUAAUAAUAAGAAUAUUAUUCAAUCUCAAGAUAACCUAAUCAACAGCUUCAAUACCAAAUGUUUAAUUAACCAAGCUCAUUUUAUAAUCUAAAGGGGUAACUUUAAAAAUAGGAUUAUCUCCUCAAUAUUAAAAAUCUAAAUUAGGAAUAAAUUGAACCCGAAGAAUAAAAUUAAUAUGAAAAUGAGAUUAAAAAUUCUAACAAUUUCUAAAAUUUCUAAGAAAAAAAAGUCAACCAAAUAGGUUCAAAAUUUGUUUUGUCUGAUUCAACUACUCUUUCUCCUAAUAAGUAUCCUUUGAAUUAUAAGAUGAGCUCAAGCACUAUAGACGUUUUCCACCAAAGUGAAUUAACCAACUCUCAAAUUAAUUAAUAAAAUUAGCAAUAAUUUUAAUUUAGUAAUCCAAUAAGUAAUGCUACUGAUGCCAAGAAAAAUGGGAAAAAGAUACAUCUAUAGUUUCUUUUAAAUAAACAAAAACCUAAUUAUUAGAAAGAAAAUACAAUUUGUUCUUCUAUUUCAGCAACUAUGCCAUCCGUUUCAGCUUAAUCAUGUGUCUAGAUUUGUAGUUUUCCUAAAGAAAAUCUUGAAUUCAAUCACAGUAUGAGUACAAAUGUAAAUAACUACUUUUCUUCUUCUUCUUCUUAAAGGAUUUAGAAUGUGAGUAAUUAGUAAUCUGUUUUCACAAACAACUACCUGUCAGUACAAAGCCAACCUCAUUUAUAAGAAGAUUAUUUUUAGUAAGAAAAUGAAGUCUAAACAGAGAAAGAGAGAGGAGAGCAUGAUGAAAAGAAAAAUCAAGAUAAAACUAAAAAAAAGUAAAAAUAAUUUAGAAAUAGCAUCUUCACAGAUACAUUCUAAAAAACCUUUUAACAGAACCUUCAUCAUAUUUAAUACAGAAUAUUACAAAAAAAACAUAAAGUAACAGAUAUUUAGCAAAGUAUUGCAAAACACAUUUAAGAUUAAACUAUUAAACACUUUUUAGAAGAGAACACUUUAGUUAAAAGUAAAUAUGAUCACAUUAGAAAUAAAUAUUAGCAGUAGUAAUAGUAAUAACAGUAGCAACAAAUCUAGCCUUCAAAAUCAGAAACAAAAUUUGAAGCUCUAAAACAAAUGUUAAAAAAUAACUUGCAUUACUCUAAGUAAGAAAUAGAGUAAGGAUUAACUUAAAUAUAAAGUUUUCCUAGAUAAAAAACUGCAAGCAACUAUUAAAAGAAAGCUGAAUUCCAAUACGAAGAAUUCUUAAAUCAGUAAAAUGAGACCUAAAAGCACUCACCAAAUAUCAAGACUUAACAUGAAAAAUCUAGAUCAUCAUUUAACAGCAACUUUUAAAAUAAUCUUAAAUCACAGCAACAAAACACAUAGCAAUAACAAUAUAAAUUUCAGUAAAUGCAGUAAACAAUUCCAAAAUAAAGCUUAGUUUUAGAUAUUAAAUAGUAAGAUGAUUAAGAAAUAAAAAACUUUUCUAUUACUCCAAACGAUAAAACAGGAACAGUGCAUAUAAAAUCUUUGCAAUCCCUCACUUCGAUAUCCAAAAAAGGUUCAUCAAACGUGUUUUCUUUCACAAAAAUACCACAAAAUAACGAAAUUAAAUCAAAAGAAUCUUUAAAAAUGUAAUCAAUAAAAUAAUUGGGUACUGAAAAUCAUACAAAAAAGUUGAGUUUAAUAGAAUAGAAUUUCAAUUCACUAACGAAUUUUAAUAUAAAAAAUAACAUCAAAAUUAAAAAAAAUAUUUAAUUUAAUUACAAAAUACCUUAAAAAACAACCAACUCUUGA